CUGGGUACACAUUUCAUAGUUUGCCCUAUGAAGCCUUUGUUCCUAUCAGGGAUUCUGAGAGUGUCACUUGUUAAGGUCUAAGCAGGUAAUUUAGGAAGAUUCUUUGCUCCAGUGGCGGACGCACACCAUCAGUGAAUGGUAUUCAAUGCAAGUGGGCCCUGCCCACCCUAAACGUCCUGCACGCAGGCUGGGGCGGCCAGAGCCUUUGUCGCAGACCACAUUCCAUGUUACGUGGCAGUUCCCUAUUUUGAAUAAGGGGAUUGAUUGUCUUUGUCAAAUAAUAAUCUGUUUUCUGGAGACAGCCCUUGUUUCUGAAACCUAAUGCAUGAAAAAUACCGAAAUGACGAAAGGCUGAGCUAUUGUAUGACACUUUUUUUUUGUUGUUGUUGUUUGUUUUCUUUAGCUCCCAUUUAAAUUUGCAGAGGACUUGAUGACUGCACUGUCUGCUUAAUCUCCCUUUUCGCUAUACUUUCCUUCCUUUAUCUGACCACUGGAGCCUUUGGUGAUGGGAAGGAAGAGGCUGGUCCAGGCCCCUAGAGGAAAGCAGGUCAUUGGAUUGCCCGCCCUCAGCACGAUGGAUCUGCAUGUCUUCGACUACUCGGAGCCAGGGAACUUCUCGGACAUCAGCUGGCCAUGCAACAGCAGCGACUGCAUCGUGGUGGACACGGUGAUGUGCCCCAACAUGCCCAACAAAAGUGUCCUGCUCUACACACUCGCCUUCAUUUACAUUUUCAUCUUCGUCAUCGGCAUGAUUGCCAACUCCGUGGUGGUCUGGGUGAACAUCCAGGCCAAGACCACAGGCUACGACACGCACUGCUACAUCCUGAACCUGGCCAUCGCCGACCUGUGGGUUGUCCUUACCAUCCCAGUCUGGGUGGUCAGCCUCGUGCAGCACAACCAGUGGCCCAUGGGGGAGCUCACGUGCAAGGUCACACACCUCAUCUUCUCCAUCAACCUCUUCGGCAGCAUCUUCUUCCUCACGUGCAUGAGCGUGGACCGCUACCUCUCCAUCACCUACUUCACCAACACCUCCAGCAGCAGGAAGAAGAUGGUACGCCGUGUCGUCUGCGUCCUGGUGUGGCUGCUGGCCUUCUGCGUGUCUCUGCCAGACACCUACUACCUGAAGACCGUCACGUCUGCGUCCAACAAUGAAACCUACUGCCGGUCCUUCUACCCUGAGCACAGCAUCAAGGAGUGGCUGAUCGGCAUGGAGCUGGUCUCUGUGGUCUUGGGCUUCGCCGUUCCCUUUUCCGUCAUCGCUGUCUUCUACUUCCUGCUGGCCAGAGCCAUCUCGGCGUCAGGUGACCAGGAGAAGCACAGCAGCCGGAAGAUCAUCUUCUCCUACGUGGUGGUCUUCCUCGUCUGCUGGCUGCCCUACCACGUGGCGGUGCUGCUGGACAUCUUCUCGAUCCUGCACUACAUCCCUUUCACUUGCCGGCUGGAGCACGCCCUCUUCACAGCCCUGCACGUCACACAGUGCCUGUCGCUGGUGCACUGCUGCGUUAACCCUGUCCUCUACAGCUUCAUCAAUCGCAACUACAGGUACGAGCUGAUGAAGGCCUUCAUCUUCAAAUACUCAGCCAAAACCGGGCUCACCAAGCUCAUCGAUGCCUCCAGAGUCUCGGAAACGGAGUACUCUGCCUUGGAGCAGAGCACCAAAUGAUCUGCCCUGGAGAGGCUCUGGGACGGGGUUGCUUGUUUUUGAACAGGGUGAUGGGCCCUGUGGUUUUCUAGAGCAAAGCAAAGUAGCUUCGGGUCUUGAUGCUUGAGUAACGUGAAGAGGGGAGCACGUGCCCCCCGCAUCCAUUCUCUCUUUCUCUUGACGACGCGGCUGUCGUUUGGCUGUACGUGCUGACAGUUUUGCAACAGGCAGAGGUGUGUCGUACAGCAGUGCUGUGCAUCAGAGCCAGCUGAGGACGGGCUUGCCUGGACUUCUGUAAGAUAGGAUUUUCUGUGUUUUCUGAAUUUUUUAUAUGGUGAUUUGUAUUUAAAUUUUAAGACUUUAUUUUCUCACUAUUGGUGUACCUUAUAAAUGUAUUUGAAAGUUAAAUAUAUUUUAAAUAUUGUUUGGGAGGCAUAGUGCUGACAUAUAUUCAGAGUGUUGUAGUUUUAAGGUUAGCUUGACUUCAGUUUUGACUAAGGAUGACACUAAUUGUUAGCUGUUCUGAAAUUAUAUAUAUAUAUAUAUAUAUAAAUAUAUAUAAAUAUAUAAAUAUAUGCCAGUCUUGGCUGAAAUGUUUUAUUUACCAUAAUUUUAUAUCUGUGUGGUGUUUCGUACCGGCACGGGAUAUGGAACGAAAACUGCUCUGUAAUGCAGUUUGUGACGUUAAUAGUAUUGUAAAGUUACAUUUUAAAAAAACAAAAAACUGUUCUGGACUGCAAAUCUGUGCACACAACGAACAGUCGCAUUUCAGAGAGUUCUCUCCAUUUGUAAGUUAUUUUUUUUAAUAAAGAUUUUUGUUUCCUAAAAAUGCA